AUGUCUGCUAAUACUGAACGCGAUGCACUAAUAUCGUCAUAUUCUCACUUAAAGAGUCAGAAACGAGAAUCUGAAGCUCUCCAUUCUCUUCAGAAAAUUGCUUCUCUGGUCAAGCCUAUCAUGAGAGCACGCAAUUGGCGCGUGGGUACUUUAACAGAAUUCUACCCAGAUCAACAAAAUUUGCUAGGUAUCCCAAGUUGCUCGAAUUUGUCGUGGUGGAAAUCUGACUCAAGAGUAAUAGGCCUUAACGUAAACAGAGGACAGAAAAUAUGUCUACGUUUAAGAUAUCCAGGAGAUCAGAAUCAGUUUUUGCCGAUGGAAGAGGUGGUCGAUACAAUGCUUCACGAACUAUGCCACAAUGAAAUUGGACCCCACAAUCAGCAAUUCAAUGCGCUAUGGGAUCAACUGCGAAAGGAACACGAGGGUCUGGCAUAUAAGGGAUACACCGGAGAGGGUUUUUUGUCGGAAGGAAAGAGCUUAGGUGGACGAAGAGUGCCACGACACGAAGCUAGACGUCUUGCUCGUAUCGCUGCAGAAAAGCGGCAAAACGGGCUGACAGGAUCCGAUCAGAAGCUUGGAGGUCGACCAAUACCAUAUGGCACCGAUAUUCGAGAAGUCAUCGUUAACGCGAUCGAACGUCGCAACAAAGUCCUCAAAGGCUGUGGAGGGAGUAGGAUGAAUCCUAUCGAGAUCAAAGAUUUGGCCGAUGAAGCUACACAGAAUGGUUUCAAAACCCAAGCAGAAGAGGAUCAGGCUAAUGAGGCAGCUAUUGCUCAGGCUAUGUGGGAGCUCGUUCAAGAAGAUCAGAAAAAGGAAUACGGAGAUCUUUAUAUUCCCCCUAUCGUUCAGAACCCAGCAGGAAAUGGCGGGGAUAAUGUUAGGGAACAGGCAUCGGAUCAAAAGCCUAACUCUUCAUCUAAACAACCUUCAUAUAAACAACCCUCAACUUCGAACACAACCUCAAUUGGGAUGGGAUUACAUAGGCAGCCUUUAGGCCACGUCAGUCGUUUGGUCUUCGAAAAUUCGAACAAAACUUUAAGCCCGUCUCCGAAACCAAAGGAUCCUCAAAACGAGCCGGCACGAGGACCAGUAUAUUCGGCACCGGCCUUGACAGGAUGGACGUGUACUAUAUGUACACUUCACAAUCCAAUUAAGUUCUUGUGCUGUGAUGCUUGCACGACCGAGAGGCCUGAAACUAUCACGAAGCAGGUUACUCACAAUGCCCAAAGGAAAGCCGCUGCUACAAAUCCUCAUACACCACCGCCACAAACUUGGACUUGUCGGUGGUGCAGUACUAAAAUUGAAACCCAGUGGUGGACUUGUUCUACCUGCGGGAAAAUGAAAGAAGAUUCCUGA